UGCAGCACCAAGUUAGAGAGAGUAACAGAAUGGGGACAUGAAGUGACAGUUCACACCCAUCAGAGAGACACAGGGCUCCUGAUCAACAGGAGGAGAGACGCACAGAGAGACCAGAAGACACAGACAGAGACAGUGACAAGAAGAGAAAGAGGAAAGAGACCCCGGUACUGUGAUUGAUUCAUCAAGGCAGUGGAAACAGGAUGUGGGUCCUCAUCUCGGCAGCUCUACUUCUCUCUCUGACAGAGAGAGCCACAUGCGAUAAACUGGCAGCACCGCCAACAGCAUCACACUGGACCAUCACCGUCAGUCCAGCAGAAAUAACAGCAGAGAAGGGACUAUGUGCUGUUAUUUCAUGUACUUUCACUCACCCUGAUAACAUCAAGCCUACCGCUGCAGUAUGGUUCAAGUGCCCAACAAAGAACAAAUGUGAUAAGGAUAAAAACAUAAUUUUCCACUCUGAAACUCCCUCUAAAGCUCAGGAGGGUUAUAAACAGAGAGUGUCUCUACUGGAGACUGAUCUGACAAAGAAUAACUGUAGUGUGAUCAUCAACGACAUCAGAAAGAAUGAUGCUGGAGAGUAUCAAUUCAGACUUCCAAGUUCAUCUGCAUACUCGAAGAAAGUGAAAAUCACAGUGAGCGCUCUGACCCAGAAGCCCUCAGUGUUGACUCCUCCUCUGACAGAGGGAGAACCAGCUACUCCGACCUGCACCGCCCCGGGGAUGUGCUCUGGAACUCCUCCUAACAUCACAUGGACAUGGAGAGGAACAGGAGACAACAUCACUGAGCUCAGAGACAACACCACCAUACAGAUGAGAGAGGACCUGACCAAUGUGACAACAACCCACUUCUCAACGUUGACCUUUACCCCCUCAGCUGAACACCACAACAUGAUGGUUACGUGUCAAGUAACCUUCCAGAAAAAAAAUCAUAUUGAAGAGACAGUAACUUUGAAUGUGACAUAUGUGAAAGACCCCCAUAUAACUGGAAAUGAAAUGGUGAAGGAGGAUGGUACCCUGGAUCUGAUCUGCAGUGUUGACAGUUACCCUCCAUCUGAUAUCACUUGGAGUAAGAACGGGACAAGUGCCCCACUUCAGAAUUACACUCUCACCAUCUCCAAUGUGACAAGAGAACAUGCUGGGGAGUAUGUGUGUACAGUUCAACACCUCAACAGGACUAUGACAGCUUCCACUGUUGUCACUGUGAUGUACCUUCCUGUGAUUCUUCCUGGCUCUGGGUGUGUGGACCAGGCAGAGGUCAUGACCUGUGUGUGUGUCAGUCAGGGGGUUCCCUCACCCCUCAUAGUGUGGCACCUGCUGGAGUUCAACACAGAGAGGUGCAGCCUCACUAAGUCAGUGUUGAGUUCCUCAGUGAACAGCACCAUCAGUCUGCCUGUUGGACACCACAACAACACCACUGUGGAGUGUGUCAGCAGAAAUGUGGUGGGUGUAGUGAGAGAGAAGCUGCAGGUCACACAAAAUAAGAGCCAAGAAAAGCAAAGAGAGACGGUAUGGGAAGGAAUUAUAGCUAUGCUGUCGGACCUCAAAAUUAUUACUGCAUUUGUGGUUGGUGCAUCCCUCUCAGCCACCAUCUGUUGUAUCUUCCUGUGUUUGAAAGGGAAAUGUAAAAGACAAAAAGAGAGGAUCCCAAUGUACUCAGACUCCAAAAGCCCUUUCAUGAACCUGGAGAUGGUGACAUGUGAAGACCAACAGAUGGAUGCAGGACAGGCUGUGGGGGGCGAACAGACCCCUCUGCAGUUGGAGCUGAGCGAGGGAGCUGAAAAUGGAGGGCCCCAGACCAGUGGAGCCACGGGAAAAUUUGCCACAGGGGAAGAACUAAAUGAAGUGGACUACGCCAGAAUCAACUACUCCCUGCUGAAGAAGAAGACUCCUGAGGAGGCAGAGAAGAAGACCACUACCAUAGAGUCAGACUACGCCAAAAUCAAAAGAGAGAAGAAGAAAGAAGGGGAUGAAGAUGGAAGAGAGGGGAGUGGUGUGAAUAUGGGGAAGGAUGAGGAGAAAGAGAACAGUAAGCCAGCAGCAGAUUCAGUCCAGAAUGGCUGGGCGGUAUGCUGUACAGAGGGACUUCCUGGAUGCAGCAUCAGGUUAGAGGGAGGAGUAACAGACUGGGGACAUGAAGUGACAGUUCACACUCAUCAGAGACACAUGGCUCACAGUCAACAAGAAGAGAGAGCACACAGAGAGAGACCUGUGGACACAGACAAGGGGACCAGAGAAAGAGAACUGGCAGCACCACCAACAGCAUCACCCUGGACCAUCACCUUCAGUCCAGCAGAAAUAACAGCAGAGAAGGGACUAUGUGCUGUUAUUUCAUGUACUUUCACUCACCCUGAUAACAUCAAGCCUACCGCUGCAAUAUGGUUCAAGUGCCCAACAAAGGGCAAAUGUGAUAAGGAUAAAAACAUAAUUUCCCACUACAAAGAAUCCUCUAAUGCUCAAGAGGGUUAUAAACAGAGAGUGUCUCUGCUGGAGACUGAUCUGACAAAGAAGAACUGUAGUGUGAUCAUCAACAACAUCAGAAAGAAUGAUGCUGGAGAGUAUCAAUUCAGACUUCCAAGUUCAUAUACAUACCCGAAGAAAGUGAACAUCACAGUGAGCGCUCUGACCCAGAAGCCCUCAGUGUUGACUCCUCCUCUGACAGAGGGAGAACCAGCUACUCUGACCUGCACCGCCCCGGGGAUGUGCUCUGGAACUCCUCCUAACAUCACAUGGACAUGGAGAGGAACAGGAGACAACAUCACCAUACAGAUGAGAGAGGACCUGACCACUGUGACGACAACCCACUUCUCAACGUUGACCUUCACCCCCUCAGCUAAGCAUCACGGCACCAACGUCACAUGUCUGGUGACAUUCAAUGGCCGCAUCACCACUAAGAAGACGCUGACAAUGAAUGUGGCACAUGUGAAGGAACCCAAGAUCUCUGGCUGUAACACAGUGAGAGAGGGUGAUACCCUGAAUCUGACCUGCAGUGAUGACAGCUACCCACCAUCAUCAUCUAACAUCACCUGGAGUAAGAAGGGGACAACAGCUUUGGAACGGAAUAACUCUGGACGGGCCACUCUCAUCAUCUCUAACAUGACAAGAGAACAUGCUGGGGAGUACGUGUGUACAGCUCAACACCACAGUGGAUCUCUGACGGCUUCCACUGUUGUCACUGUGAUGUUGAACAGCACCAUCAGCCUGCCUGUCAGAAACCACACCAAUACCACUAUGGAGUGUGUCAGCAGAAAUGAAGCGGGCAGAGUGAGAGAGGUGCAAGUCACCCAAAUAGGAAAACAAGAAGAGGAUGUGUCUAAAGACAUCAUGGCUUUGCUGUCGGACCUACAACUGAUUACUGCAUUUGUGGUUGGUGCAUCCCUCUCAGCCACCAUCUUUUGUAUCUUCCUGUGUUUGAAAGGGAAACGUAAAAGACGCAAAGAGAGGAUCCCAAAGGACUCAGAUUCCAAAAGCCAUUUCAUGAACCUGGAGAUGGUGGCAUGUGAAGACCAACAGAUGGAUGCAGGACAGGCUGUGGGGGGCAAACAGACCCCUCUGCAGGUGGAGCUGAGGGAGGGAGAAGAAAACGGAGGGCCCCAGACCAGUGGAGCCGUAGGGAAAUCUACCACAGGGGGAGAACCAAAUGAAGUGGACUACGCCAGCAUCAACUACUCCCUGCUGAAGAAGAAGACUCCUGAGGAGGCAGAGAAGAAGACCACCACCACAGAGACAGACUACGCCGAAAUCAAACGACAGAAGAAGAAUGAGGCGGAAGAAGAUGGUGGAGAGGGGAGUGGUGUGAUGGAAGAGGUGGAAUGGGAGGAAGGGGAGGAGAUGGUAGGGAAGGAAGAGGAGAAAGAGAACGGUAAGCCAUUACGAGAGACAGAUGAGGAUACAGCACUUUACUCCAACGUCAAGGCUAUAAUGGGUGGAGAGUGACACUGCAACGUGGGAAAUAGCGCACAGUACUAAAUGGCUUCUAAUAUACAGCACUGCAGUGUUUUCUCAUAUUCCAGAUGGAAUGUUUUAUGAUGAUAGAGGCUUUGUUUAACUGAAACUACUGUAGGAAAUAGUUUUGGUAAUUCUUUCUUUUUCAGCCUUGUCUAAUGUAAUGUUAGUUUUGUAAUGAUUCUGUUUUUGUGUCACCAUGGAAGGACAUGGUGUCUCCUCUGAUCCUUCAUGUUUUUGUAUUUUGAUUUAACCCUAAACCUAUAUAUUGAGGCACUACCUUACUUUUGAGGUUUGUGUGUAUUUUAGUUGUUUGCUAUUUUCUAAGAAUUUCUAAAUGAUGUUUUAACUGUCUUGUAGCAUGAUGUACUACAGUACCCAUAAUGCUCUGUAUCAAUAUACGGUUUCAUCUUGGUAAAGACGUUCCUAAAGCUAA